AUGAGGAGACAGGAAAACCAGCCAACGAGGCCGACAGCAGGCUGCCUCCCUGUGCCGCUGUUUAACCAGAAGAAAAGAAUCAGGGUUCCUUUGACAUCUGCUCCUUCAGUGAAUGAAUUCUUCUCCCACAGUGAAUACAUGGCAAACACCAGCUCAGCUCCAUCUCACAUCAUCAAACCAGGUACCUAUGGAUGUUACCAGGCCUCAGGUUCGUCAUUUGGUGCCUCACAAAGUGACCAGUGGUUGAAACCACAAUCCCCUCAGUCUCAGCAGUUUGACACUAACAGACCCGCUCCUCGACCUGCUCCUAAAAUGAGAGCAUAUGCACCCAUAUCACAUCCAUAUAAAGGAGGAAACACCAGCACUCAGACGGGGCAGCCCAGUUACCCAGUCAGACCACAGGAUUCCAGCUACAACGAUAGCUCCAACAAAUAUCAGAGUCCUCCCAGCACUCAGCGUGCACAAAACAAGGCAUCACCCAAUACUGGGUUCUCUCAUAUGAGUCAACAGUCGUCUUACAGACCAUCCACUUCCACGCCUCAGUAUCCCCAACAGUCUCGACCUCUGCCCCCUCCUGUCCCAACUCCCACCAAACCACUAGCUUGUGCAGCUCAGCCACUAAAGAACACCUGGAAAUUUACCAACAGCUUUGGGCCACAGAGUUCCCCCUCUGACGGAAAAAGAAGCUCAAAUCAACCUCAGACUGCACGACCAACUCAAACUCGGGAGCCCCCUCCAAUGAAACCAACCAACGAGAACUCACUUAGGAUCCUGACUGCAGUUAUCGAUGGCAUGAGACACUGGAGCCAGUUUAAAGACAAAGCACCGUACCUUUUUGAGAUAUUUGCCACUCUUGACUCUGCAGUUACUGUGGGUCGCCAUGGAGCCAAGACCUUCCUUAUGAGAGAUGGAAAAAAGGCUGUGCAGUGUGUCUUCUAUGAAACUGAGCAGGAACUGCCCCGUCUGAUCCGGGGUCAAGUUCACCGCUGCGUGGGCAACUAUGACCGCAGCAGAGACGUCCUCAUGUGUGUGUCCGUCCGGCCCGGCCUCCCCUCAGAGCUGAGGAACGCCUACGAGGCUGUGAAAGCAUCUGAUGCAGAAAUGAGGGCACUGAUCAAAUCAUUCCAUGAGAUCUGA